GCCAAGCCCAGCCUACACGGCACGCUCUUUUCUCUCUCUCUCUCACACACGCACUCACAGUCACGCGCGCGCGCGCGCACACUAGCGGAGGAGAGAUCCACCGGACAACAAAGAACGCACGGGGCCACUGCAGGCUGAGAUAACGGAAGGGACAAUAGGUGUCAACAGCUUAUCUUUCUUCUGAAAUCUUUUUUUUUUUUUUUUUUUUUACUUAUCUGGCGAAUUAGAUAAACAGUAAUACUGGAGGUGACCGUCGCUGAACCGUUAGUGUACCGUGUAGAUAGUAGAGCUGUGCUCGUGACCUUCGAGAGAGACAUGGAGCUGGAACAUUUUGACGAUCGGGACAAAGCCCAACGGCAUGCCCGCGGCGGCGGAAGGAUGAAUGGGGUACUGAGUCCAACACACAGCGCUCACUGCAGCCUUUACCGGACCCGUACCCUGAAGACCCUUACUUCGGAGAAGAAGGCUAAAAAAGUCCGUUUCUACCGCAACGGGGACCGGUAUUUCAACGGGAUAGUCUAUGCCAUCUCCACAGACAGGUUCCGGUCUUUUGACGCGCUGUUGGCUGACCUCACCCGCUCCCUGUCGGACAAUGUGAACCUGCCCCAAGGCGUGCGAAUCAUUUAUUCAAUUGACGGCUCCAAAAAAAUCACCACUAUCGACCAGCUGGUGGAAGGUGAGAGCUAUGUGUGCGGCUGCGUCGAGGUUUACAAAAAACUGGACUACACCAAGAACGUCAACCCCAACUGGUCGGUCAACGUCAAGGCCUCGGCCUCGGACGCCCGCGGGCCCCUCUCCCUGGGCAGCGCCAAAGCCGGCCCGCCCGAGAACCGCGAGAACAAGGACUUCGUCCGGCCCAAGCUGGUGACGGUGGUUCGUAGUGGCGUGAAGCCCCGCAAGGCCGUACGAAUCCUGCUCAACAAGAAGACGGCCCACUCCUAUGAACAGGUCCUCACCGACAUCACGGACGCCAUCAAGCUGGACUCUGGGGUGGUCAAGAAGAUCUACACGAUGGAGGGGAAACUACGAAAAGUGCCUCUCUUCUUUCUCCCUUUCUCCCUCCGUCUGGAAUAUCACUGUGUUGUCAGCAUGCUGAAAGUUGAAGUCAAUGGAACACCUGCCAGUCAGUUGUCCACUCCUCACUCAGGGAAGUCUCCAAGUCCCUCCCCGACCAGCCCAGGAGGGCUCAGACCACGCAGGGAAAAGGACAAGAAUGUGACAGAGAUUCCUCCAUCUCGCUGGCCCUCCACUAAAGGCUCGGUAGAAGAGGAGGAUGGACCUGGGAACGAUGCGGGCGAGCCCGCGGACGAGGCUCCGGUCGUGCCGGCCUACAUCUCGGAGCGCUACAAGGUCGGCCGCAUGCUCGGGGACGGAAACUUCGCCGUGGUGCACGAGUGUUCCGAGCACUCGACGGGCCGCCAGUACGCCCUCAAGAUCAUCAACAAGGGGAAGUGCCGAGGCAAGGAGCACAUGAUUCAGAACGAGGUGGCCAUCUUGCGGCGGGUGAAGCACCCAAACAUCGUCCUGCUCAUAGAGGAGAUGGACACCUACAAUCAGCUGUACCUGGUCAUGGAGCUAGUCAAGGGCGGGGACCUGUUCGACGCCAUCACGUCCACCAACAGGUACACGGAGAGGGACGCCAGCGGGAUGCUCUACAACCUGACCAACGCCAUCAAGUACCUCCACAGCCUCAACAUCGUCCACAGAGACAUCAAACCCGAGAACCUGCUGGUGUACGAGCAUGCAGACGGCAGUAAGAGCCUGAAGCUGGGAGACUUUGGUCUUGCCACACUGCUGGACGGCCCCCUCUACACUGUCUGUGGGACCCCAACGUACGUCGCCCCCGAAAUCAUCGCCGAGACAGGGUAUGGCCUUAAGGUGGAUAUCUGGGCGGCUGGAGUCAUCACCUACAUCCUGCUGUGUGGUUUCCCUCCCUUCCGCGGAAGCAGUGACGACCAGGAGGUUCUGUUUGACCAGAUCCUGAUGGGACAGCUGGAGUUCCCCCUCCCGUACUGGGACAACGUCUCAGAGACAGCCAAGGAGCUGAUCCGAUCCAUGCUCGAGGUGGAGGUAGACCAGAGAUACACUUCCCUGCAGGUGCUGGAACACCCCUGGGUCAAUGAUGAUGGUCUGUCGGAGAAUGACCACCAGCUCUCGGUAGCGGGGAAGAUCAAGAAGCACUUUAACACCGGCCCCAAGACCAGCGACACAGACGCCGGGGUGUCGGUCAUCUCGACCACCGCUCUUGAUAAGGAGGGGCAGGUUCUCCGACGAGGACGCCACCAGGAUGUGAGGUCACAGCAGUUGCCGAUGACGACAACAACGACAAAGAUGGAACCACCCAGUUGCCUCCCCGGCCUGCUCUUGGCCCCCUCCUGUCGAAGCCCUCCCCCAGGACCCGGCCCUGGCCCCGACCCCGACCCCUCCCCCAGUCCCAGCUCUGACCCCUCCCCCAGCCCCAGCCUCCCCUCGGACUCGGACGACGUCUCCCUCAGCUCGGCCAGCACCGUCUGCACUCCCACCUCUCCCUUCUAGAACAGGGGGAGGAGGGAGAGGAGGAGGGAGAGAAGGAGGGAAAGGAGGGAGAGAAGGAGGGAG